AUGGUGCACCCCAACAACCUUCACAACAACAGCCAACUCCGAGCCCAAAUCAGCGGCGUCAUGGGCUCAACAUCACUUGCAUGCUGGAUAGUCUUACUCAUGCCCCAACUAAUUGAGCAAUGGCGAUUGAAGUCAGCCGAGGGGAUAGCUAUUGGGUUCAUCACCAUUUGGUUCUGUGGUGAUUUGUUUAAUUUGGUGGGUGCUAUAUGGGCUCAUUUGUUACCUGAAGUUGUGUUUCUUGCUGUUUGGUUUUGUGUUGCUGAUGCGUUGAUGAUUGCUUCCUAUGUUUAUUAUACCAGGUUUUAUAAAAAGAAGAAACAUCAUCAUCAUCAUUAUCACCACCACCAACAGGACCAUCAUGCCGUUGAAGGUCAUGCCGAGCAUGAGCAUGAGCAUGGACAAGGUGAACGUGAAUACAUUGAUGAGUCAGCUCCCUUGCUUCAUAGAAGAAGAAGUUCAACCUUGACUGAUAUUGCAUUGGAACCUCAAUACCAUUCCAUUUUUGUGAAAUACAUCUUGCCCAUCAUAUUUGUCGUUGGCUGUGGAAUAGCUGGGUUCUUACUCUCGUCUCCAGAACCACAACCACAACCACCAUCAGAUCCAUCAAACCCCAUAGACCCUCCCCCACAAGACGACAUCAUCGCCCUCGGCCCGCAAAUCAUGGGAUACUGUUCAGCCCUACUCUACUUGGGUGCACGAAUCCCACAAAUUAUUCAGAACUAUCAACGCAAAUCAGUUUAUGGACUUAGUUUACUUUUUUUCCUUUUUUCAACAUUAGGUAAUUUGACUUAUGCCGGACAAAUUAUCUUUUAUAGAAGCGAUUGGAAUUAUAUUGUGUUGAACAUGAGUUGGUUAUUGGGCAGUUUGGGAACCAUUGUGGAAGAUGUGGUUAUUUUUGCUCAGUUUUAUAUAUAUAAGGACAAUAACGACUCGAUAGAGGAUGAAGAGAGGGCUUAG